AAGUCCUCGUUGCAAACGUAAAAAGAUCAUUGUGCCGUCACCUUUCUCGAGGGGCACGAUGAGCUUUCCUCUCCCUUAAUUUCUGCCACCCCAAACCUCUUCGGCCGUCGUAAAUCCUGUUAAGUCCCUUAAGCUGGGCUUCGUUGUAGUUUGGGAUUACGGGGUAACAGACAGGUCGAGGCUUGGUUGUAGACUGAAGUCAUGCGAGAGGCGAGCCACCAGGGUGAUCUACCGACACAGCAAAUCCUUUGUUGUUUUGGGAUGGGCCCGACGAGCACAUGCUGUUGGCCGGUGCGUUAGUCCGUUCUGCACGCUCUGCCGAGUCCCUCUCAGGACGGAACUGCCUGCCUGCCCUGAGAAAUGGCUGACUUCACUGUGAAGGAGGAACCUGUUGCUGUUCCGGAGGAUUGCAAGCCUCCUGUUGUAGCAGCAGUAAAAGGAGAACCUCAAGGUGAAGGCUUAGAGCUUGCCAGCUGGAUAGAAGAAGUGAAGAGCGUGGACUUGAAAGUAGAGUUGGAUGACGCGACGACCUCGAAUCAGAGUAACCAAGACAACGCUACGGGGCGAGAUAGGAAGCGGCGAAGGAGCAGGAGUCCGAGUCCCAGCAAGUGCGGCGCCGGUGCGCUGAGCAGCCCGCCCGAAAAGGAACGCAUCUCUUGCCCCGAGCUUCCUGUCAAUCCAGUGACAUCAGGUGUCACAGUGCAAAAGGAGAAACGUUUGAAAAGAGAUUGCGGACCUGCAAAGGAGGUAGACGUUGUCAAAGACUUGAAUGCAGCACAAGUGAAGUUAGAAGACGCUCAGAUUUUGGAUCGAGCCCGAAACAACAGCAGCCCAGGGCGCAGAGUUGGGGAUCAAAGUAGGAGCCGAAGUCGGAGCCCUGUCCGUCGCAGCCCAGGAGAGGAGAGUUCCACGUCUGAGACGGACCCUUCACCUUCAUCGUGCACUCAGGAAUCUGCGCUUGGCUCCCCGCUGGAGGCGCUGCCCACGAAACUGCUUGCCCGUGUGCUGGCAUACGUGCCCUCAGUGGAGCUGCUGCCCCUGCGCCUGCUGAGCCGUCGCAUGAGCAGACUCGUCCUGGAGAAGGACGUGUGGGAGCGCCGCGUCCUCACCAUCGGGGAAAGGCAGGGCAGAGCCCCCUUCGCAGCCAUCCUGCGUCUGGCCCCGGCCCUGGACACUCUGGACAUAAUGAUGACCAAACGCGGGAAAGAACUGCAGGGCCUCGUUUUCCUCAGAGCUUUAGCUGAGGGAAGCUGUCAGGUCCGCUCAUUGAAGCUCAGUGUCCUGGCCGGCGGCCAAUCCAACAGGAUCGUGCAAGACGCUCUUUACAGGCGGCGCUUCACCCUUCAAGAGCUCCGCAUCAGAAUCACCGCCAUCUCUGCCAACAGUGACCUAGUGCCAGUGUUGAAGGCCAUCGACGGCCUCUGGGGCCUCAAAACCCUGCAACUUGGACUGGGCUCCAAGUGUCCCGAUUUCUGCUUCAAGCGUCUUCGCCUAGAACACCUCAUCUGGCCUCAUUGUAUGAAUCUGAACCUGGCGAAGAGCCUCAUGUUCCUGGGGAGGGAGACCAUCCGCGAGGUGACUCUGUUUAACUACUCACCUCUCAUGCGGGAACUUCAGUAUUGCUCUAAACUCACCACGCUGUCAGUGUCCUCUUGCGCGAGCUUGGACCAGAUAGUGCACUGUGUUCAAUACCUUACAAUCACUGAUGUGUUCUGUCCGUUGACGGCGGUUUGGCUCAAGUCUGCCCAGAACCAGCGGCUAACGGUCAAGAUCCAUCUGGACGCGAACGUCAGCCACGAGGACUCGUUCCGGCGCUUCGUGGGCCUGGCAGACGCCUUGCAUGGCGUCCAUCGCGUGACUGUGCGUUCCCGUUCGCUGGGACCGCCCCUUGUCAAGUCGGAGCUGGUUGCCGCCUGUUUGCAGUUGCUGCCUGCAGUGGAACAUCUCCUGCUGGACAUUUCGACGGACUUCCGGCAUGUGUUGGAGUUCUUGACACCUUGGACUUGUCCCAAGCUGCGUGAACUCGUCAUCCGGGAACAUGACCCUUCAGAAAAGUCCACUUUGGUUCAGGAAUUCAAAGCCUUGCGGCCCAGCCUAGUGUUACGGUUCCUUUGAUGAGUCCACCUUUUUGUUUUAGCUACCUGACCUCUUUUGUGCAGUUUGUGAAUUUUCCUUUAAGUUUAAACGAUCUCACCUCCAUUGUGCAGUUUGUGAAGAUACCUGCAAUAAACUUUAAUUUUCAAGCUCGUUUACAA